AUGGCAACCUCAGGGCAGUCACAGCGCUCAGUCAAAGUCGCAGAGCCGGACGAGGUUGCAGACUCGUCGGAUCACCCGUCUACCAUUAACAAGUCCACGUCAACAGGUACAAACCAUGAUACCACCACAGGCCCCCAGAACACAGACUCGCAAGCCGCAGCGAAUCUGGCUGCUGCGAAACCGAUUGUUCUUUUUGCCGCUGUCUUCCUCUCCACCUUCUUGAUGGCCUUGAAUGGGCAGGCGAUUCCGGAGAUCACCACGCACUUCAACUCCCUGAAAGACAUCGGUUGGUAUGGCAGCGCAUAUCUGGUCUCCACAUGUUCCUUGCAACCUCUCGUGGGUAGAAUAUAUACACACUUUCCGACCAAGGCAAGAUACACCUACAUAACCUUCGCCAGUAUCUUCUCAGUCGGAGCUCUCGUUUGCGCAACAGCCCCUUCUUCCAAGGCUCUUAUUGUCGGUCGGGCCAUUCAGGGCAUUGGCGGCGCCGGGGUUAUCAAUGGGGCCUUUGCAGUGAUUGCUGCUGCAGCCUCACCACAGAGCAGACCGCUGCUCGUUGGGAUCGCAGUCAGCCUUUCAUCGUUCGGAACGAUCAUUGGACCUUUGAUCGGUGGCGCGCUGACACACAGCGUUUCCUGGAGGUGGUGCUUUUACAUCAACCUCCCUCCUGGGGGACUUGUGGUCUGCACUCUCGUUUCGCUGGCAGUUCCAGAACAGAUCAAGAAACAGCCGGUGAGAGGCAAUCUCACGAACAUUGUCACUAAAGAACUUGAUCUAAUCGGCUUCACACUCUUCGCGCCCGCCUGCAUCAUGUUUCUCCUGGCAAUGAUCUGGGGAGGGGAAGACUACCGCUGGGACUCUUCCGUUAUCAUCGGCCUCUUCUGCGGCGCCUUCGUCACCUUCAUCACAUUCGCAACGUGGGAGUAUUUUCGCGGAGACAAGGCCAUGAUACCGCCUAGCAUUGCCAGGAAGCCCCUUGUUAUGUUCGGAGGCUUAACGUCAUUCCUGCAGGUGGGAGCCUUGUUGUUGCUGAGCUAUUACCUUCCGUUGUGGUUCCAAGUUGUCAAGGACGACAGUCCACUCAUGAGUGGGGUGAUGGUCCUCCCGACUGCCAUCUCCCAGGCCAUCGCGGGCAUCACAGCGGGCAAAUUGGUCCAAGUCAUUGGCUAUUGCACCCCAUGGGCCCUUCUCGGCUGCGUCUGGACCUCCGUUGGCUCGGGGUUGAUGACAACGUUCACCGGGUCCAGUGGCGCCGGAGCCUGGAUUGGAUACCAGAUCCUGGCCGGCGCCGGAAGAGGGACUGUGGUCCAGAUGCCUAUUACCGCCAUCCAGAAUUUGUUACCUCCAAAAGAAGUUUCCAUUGCAAGUUCGCAAAUUUUCUUCUGGCAAUAUCUCGGAGGGGCAACCUUUCUCGCCGUUGGCGAGACCAUCUUCACCAACACUUUGCGGUCAUCAUUGAAGACUUAUGCUCCUGGUGUCAACCCGCAAGACGUGAUUGACGUCGGAGCGUUGGCGGUCCGGUCAAGUGUGCCAAAAGCCGAUCUCGAGAACGUGCUCCAUGCCUACAAUCAUGCCAUCGUGACGACAUUUUAUCUCGCCGUCGGCGCAUCCUCAGCAGCAUUCCUGACCAGUUUCGGGAUGGGGUUCCAGAAGCUGCCAAAGAGACAGGCGCCAAAGAAGUCGAAAGAAGGUGAAGCUUAG